AUGGUGCCAAUCGAAAUCAUCCUGAUGUCUCUAAUCACCUUCAUUCCUUAUGUUAUUCUCCUUUUCUAUCUAUGGUUACUAAAAAACAUCGUGUCUUUUGGGAUUACACUAUACUACAGAGGAAAGAUAGUACCACUGGAAAACUCCGACAUCUUUUGGGCGGUAGGCGAAAACUACCACAACCUAAUCAACCUUGUACUGUUUCUGAACGGAAAAGGUGAAGACACUGAUGUCGAGAAAGACGUCAAAGAAGUGAUCCAAGAAAGAAUGUUCAAGCAUCCCGAAAAGUACGGGAAGAUGAUGUGCUCUUUAAAUACGUUUUUAGGUUAUCCCUAUCUCCUAAGAGAAGAAAUGACAACCGACGAUAUAGUAACAGUGAUUCAUGCAGAAAAAGCUAACUACAAAUCAAUGCAGGACUUAGUAUUCUCGUACAGUAACAAGCCAAUGCCUCAAAAGGACAAACUCAUGUGGGAAGUGAUCAUAGUAAAAGCUUCUUCGGACUGGAAAAGGGUCAACGGCAUCAGAGAUGAUCAAAUACCGAUGUUUAUACGGAUAAAUCACACGAUCGCAGAUGGAUUAUGCGUUAUGAACUUGUGCGCACAAACUUUGGGAGAAAAUAACAUCACUUUCGAAGACAGCUUGAAAAAGAUAGUACCGAAAAGCCCGGGUUGGACCAAGAUUCCACCUGUUAAGACUUUACAAGAAUUAUUCUUGUUUUUCAUUGUUCCAGGUUAUUUGAUUGUAUCAUUCCUGAAAGGAACCUUGAAUAAAUUCGAUGGGCCGUACACGUCUACAAAGCACCACAUCGCCUUCAGAGCAGAAAAAAGCGGCGAUGGCUUAUUGCAAACCAUAAAAAAAUUGAAAAACGAUAUUGGAGAUACCAGCUUCUCGGAGAUCAUACUAACAGCAGUAUCUGCUAGCAUAUACAAUCAGUUCCAAAAACACUAUCAUCGAGUACCAAAAUCGGUGUCUUUGGCUGUCGUCGCCACCAGAGAUUUACAACCAAUGAAUGUAAACGGUGUACCGAUACUAAAAAACCAAUUUGGACUAGUAAAUUUAGAAAUACCAGUCAAAACAGGAUCCAGUUCGCUCCUGCACCGAAUGGAUUUGUUGAAGAAGAAUUCCAGGAAUUUGUUGAAAAGUCCAGAAUUAUUGAUGCACAAUUACAUCAAUUUCAACUUAUUUCAAUUAAUUCCUAUACCCAUAAUGAAAGUUCUAUUUCCUUUAAAUAAUAUAUGGGGUUUAAUCAGUAAUUUACCAGUAUUUCCCAAAAUAGUUGUAUUUAAUGGUUACGAAGUGGAAGAUGUUUAUUUCUUCACUCCUCUGAGAGAUCAGAUGGGUACUGGUUUUGCGCUGAUCAGUUAUGACAGUAGAAUCCAUUUAGGAUUUAUAGCUGACGUGGCUUCCGUUGCUACGAAAGAAGAUUGUGAUGAAAUAGUCAACGAUAUUUUUACGAAUAUUGAUUUAUUGAAAUUAGAAGUGGAAAAGCAGAAACUAAACAUAUCUUAA